AUGGAUUCUACUACCUUUUCGGUGGCCAUGUUUCCUCUAGUUAAUGAGGAUUAUAUUACCUCUUUGACGGCUACAUUUCCUUUGUUUAACAAGGAUUCUACUAGUUCUUCAGCAGCUAUAUUUCCUCUAGUCAAUGAGGAUUAUAUUACCUCUUUGGCGGUUAUAUUUCCUUUAUUUAACAAGGAUUCUACUAGUUCUUCGGUGGCUAUAUUUCCUCUAAUCAAUGAGGAUUCUACUACCUCUUCAGCAGCUACAUUUCCUUUGAAUGACUUGGCGCUUGGAUGGUCAGGAUAG